CUGACCGUAAAAUAUAAAAACCAUGGCCUCAAGAAGACUGGGAAAGAUUGCCUUAGAAAACUCGGCAUUAUUUCUGUGUGACAUGCAGGAAAAGUUCCGGCCUACUAUUCAGUACUUCCCACAAAUUAUCAAUGUAGCAAACAGAAUGCUGAACGCUGCCAACACGCUGGAGAUGCCGGUCGUGGUCACGGAGCAAUAUCCAAAAGGCCUGGGGCCCACGGUAUCGGAACUGGAUGUCAGCCAGCACAAGGUGUUCCCCAAAACCUGCUUCUCCAUGCUCAUACCAGAGGUUGAGGAACACAUCAAGAAGAUUCGAGAUCUGAAGUCUGUCAUCCUGUGUGGUAUUGAGACUCAGGCCUGUAUUCAGCAGACAACACUAGAUCUGCUCGAGAGGAACUAUGAAGUGCAUGUGAUCGUGGAUGCAUGUUCCUCGAGAAGUAUGGUAGACAGAAUGUUUGCAUUUGAUCGAAUGAAAGAUGCCGGAGCGUUCCUGACGACCAGUGAGAGUAUGAUGCUAGCUUUGACGAAGGAUGCUGCAUCCCCGAAGUUUAAACAGGUCCAGAAGUUCAUCAGAGACUCCGCUCCAGACAGUGGACUCUUGGGAGAAAAGUAGACAUUGUGUGACUCUGACACUCCGGUGAUUGGUUCCUGGGAUCUUAAACGGCAGAAAAUGAUUGUUACCGUGCUUAUCGAAUGUCAACAAGGAAUAUUACCCAGUA